AAUACUGGAAUUAUGGAAAAACAUCAUAGUACUCCCGAACUAUCAGAGAAGAUCCAAAGAAAUGGCAUUCCUACCAAACAUUGUCUGUUUAGUUUUACUGUUGCACAACGUUCCCCAUUCUUUAGGACUAGUUGAAGGAGCCAGAGGAGCUAGUUGGCAUUUGGAUGGUGAUAUAGCAAAUGGCCUUGAACACCCAGGAAAGAUUAUUAGUGAACUUGGUGGAGACAUCAAGAAUGGUGUAGAAGGGUUCGCCAAUAAAGCUGAACAAAUCGGAGGUAACGUCAUUGAUGGAAUCGGGCAUGGAGCAGAAAAGAUUGGUUCUGAAAUCAUAGGUGAUAUCGAAAAGGGAGCUGAAGGUGUUGUUAAUGGAAUUGAACAUGGUGCCGAAGCUAUUGAGUCCGGUGUCAUAGGAAACAUAGCUAAGGGUGCAGGGGAACUGGUAGAAGAUGUAGGAAAAGGAGCUGCAGGCAUUAUAGGAGGCAUUGGAGAGGGAGCUGAGAAUAUCAUUGGAGAUAUAGGUGAAGGAAUUGAAAAAGGUGCAGAGGGUAUUAUAGACGGAGCCAAAGGAGCUAUUGAUGGCAUUGGAGGUAUUGUUGGAAAACUCACUCCAAACAAAAAUAAAAAUCAUGGCAAAGAUGAUAAUAGUCACGAACAUCACAACAAACACAAAAAAGGAGGAGAUAGUAAGGAGAAGCAUCAUGGUAAUAGCAAGGAAAAGCAUCACAAAGGAAGCGAGGAGAAACAUCACAAAGGAAGCGAGGAGAAGCAUCACAGAGGAAGUGAGGAGAAGCAUCAUGGACAUCGAGAAAAACAUCACGGAAGUGAAGAGAAGCACCACAAUAAACAUAAGAAAGAAGACAGCAGAGAAAAACAUGGAAGUCAUGAAAAACAUCAUAAGAAAGAUGGCAAGCAUCAUUAUAACCACCAUACUGGUCGUGGAAUUGACAGGAAUUCUGGAAUAGGAUCACGUGACGGUAUCAAAACACCCAUCUUAGAUCUUUUGGGAUUGACCAAAUCGAUCUGCAAGGUUAGUUACGCAGCCGAGACAGUCAUUGCUGAUCUUGGUGAAUUACAUAUCUGGGCAGAUAAGCAAAUGGGCAUGGUAGAACAUGCAGCAGUGAACUAUGUAAUCGACAACGUCGUCUUGAAGGCAUUAGAUGGAGUCAGGAGAUAUCACAAUAAAAUAGUAGAUUUCAUUAUUGACGCUCAUAUUGGUAUUCAGAGGUUGGUUACAAACACCAUAAUAGAAGGAUAUAGAGUGAGCAAAGCUCCAAUAAGAGAAUUAUUUGCCUGUUAUUGAUGAGAUAAAUAUAAAAUAAAUUAUUUCUAGUU